UGCUAGGAAGAGGCGGGUCUACUGUGCUCCCUGUCUGAGUAGCUUGUUUUGUUUUGCGGAGCAUACAACAUACGAAGGGAAGAAUGUCAAAUGUUUUCAGUUUCCAACGGGAUUAAUUACUCAACUCUAAAACGAUGGGUAUGAUGAAACUAGACGUGGAAGGAACAGAUCCGACCACGUUGCCGACGGUCCCAGAGAACGCCCUGGUGUGCCAGGGAGCCAACAACAGAAGCUACAUAUGUGAUGCGGGCCACUGCUGCGGAGAGACGCAGUGCUGCAGCUACUACUACGAACUGUGGUGGUUCUGGUUGGUGUGGACCCUCAUCAUACUCCUCACCUGCUGUUGUGUGUGCCAGCACCGGCGCUCCAAGCAGCGCUUCCAGCAGCAGCGGCGGCAGAAUGAGAUCAACCUCAUCGCCUACCGCGAGGCCCGCAACAACACCCAGCUGCCCCUGUACCUCAGAUUCCUCCCCGACUACCUGCUGCCCACCUACGAGGAGGUGGCCGACACCCCGGCCAUGCCCCCUCCCCCCUACAGCCCACCAGAGUAUCCGGUCCCCCCCGACACAGCCCUCCACCCUCUGACGGCCCUCCGUCGCCCCGGGAGCGAGGAGGAUGAGGAGGAGGCCGCGAGGUGUUCCAGGGGAGCGGACCCCCUACUAGGCAGCACCGCCACGGCUGACCCCCUCCAGAGCCAGGCGGGCCCGGCCCUGAACGGCGGGAGUGGCGCUGGGGGCCCCGGGCCCCAGCGAGACCUGACCCCGGCCCGCUACCGCCGCUUCACGGGGGACUCGGGCAUUGAGGUGUGCGACGGCCAGGACCUGUGGGACCAGCAUGGCUUCCUGGGUCGUGAGGAGCAGGAGGAGGAGGAGGAGGAGGAGGAGGAGGAAGAUGAAGAGGAAGGAGAGGUGAAAGAGGAGAAGGGGGAGGAAGAGGAGGAUACAAAGGAGGAGAUCCCGGCGUGUGAUAGCUGUAGUGCUCGGGCCGUCGCACGGAACCCGGACAUCGAUCAGGACAGAGGGACAUGCACCAGGGCUCUCAGGUAAUCCGCUGUGGGAUUCCAGAACAAUCUAUCCAACACCAGAAGGAGGCUGUUGAUUGUUCUUCUGACACACACAUUGAGUUCGGAUGUUUGCUGUUUGCUGCGUUCAAAUGUUUGGACUGACACGGAGUGUGUGUUUGACGGUGGUCUUAAUGACGUGUACAUGCGUCUCGGGGGUCAGGGAUGCGGUUAAAUAAUCCAUGGAGAAUUUUGGGAAGUUUCGUCAAGCGGGUUAAAAAAUCGCAUUGGCUGUCCCAGUUUUGCCGAAAGGGGCUGGGUGUCCCUCCUAGAUAAGGAUUGAGGUCUCAGUCUCGAAUGUUGUACCCCAUACACUCUUUAUCACUAUGUGAACCCUUUGGGCCUGCUUAUUAGCGUCUCCACUUAGCCUUGCCUGGUGUCUUAGAAGGUGGUGCUAUAGAACAGAAGAAACCUACAGGAAUACGCGGGAACAUCCAAAACUCCUUCCAGUUAGGGGUUGUGGCCCAAGCCAAACAUCGACCCUUAGUAGCUAAAGAUGGCCAGGCAGUGGAACCCCACCAUGCCCCCUGUGGUAGCAAAUCUUUAUGCCAUAAUCCUAAAUUCAUACAAGAAAACAAAUUUUGUUUCAGUGGGUCUGAGGUUUCAAAAUGGAAAGAUGUUUAUGGAUCUGUGAUUGUGAACCAUUUUAUUUGGGUUCUUUUGUACAAUAACUUUAUACAAUCCACAGCUGAACAAUGAUGAUGACCUGUUGUGGUGCCAAAAUGUUGGUGUUUUUUUUAUAGUCGUAAUGUUCUAGAUUUAUUUUGUAGUUGUUUUGUUGGUAAGGCUUAAGGCACAGGACAAUCUGUGUUAGCCAACACAAACGCUGCAAGCACAGCUCAGGCUGGCUCCUCCCCACUUCCUGUUGCAGAACAACUACCUCCUGUAGAAUAAAUUACUCCCUGUUGUAGAGCAACUUCCUAUCGUAGAAUAAAUUAACUUUUUUAAUGAGGGUUUAAAGUCUAUGCAAUUAAACAACUACUAUAGUAUAGUAGUCACAGGCAAUACGAAUUUGUAUUUGUGAAUAUCUAGGAAGCAAAUGAUUUUUCCUGUCUGUUCAUAGCUUCUACUGACUAUGAAUCUGUCCACUGGUGAAUCUUUUCCACCUUUUGUUCAUCCUGCCACGUUCACUACUGGCCAGUAUGCCUGUGUAGCCCAUUAACGUGAAUCAUUUGUUAUUUCUCAUGAACUGUAAAACUAACGCCUUCACUGCGCUGUGGUAGCCUUCUGUAUAGAGCUUGGUGUGAUGGUGGCGUCUGGGACGUGUUUAUCUAGCUCACUCGCACCUAAUCUAGUGAAACGUUUAAUGUAAUUCUGAUGUCGGCCACCAGGGAGAGUAUGUUGUCAACCUUAAGUAAUGGCAUUACAAAUAUGAUGUAAAUUUGUUUGAAAAAAUCCGUAAAGUAGUCAGAGAAAUUAGUUUAGCAAUAUAUUAAUUCCCUUAACAGUUUGAAGUCCUGGGUCAACAGUUUGAAGUUAACUGUUGGCUAGCUUUUCUGAGGUUUGCUUGCUAAAUUGUUUGCAUGUUAACCAAGUUGGUCUUACAGGUUGAAUGCUGGUCAUCAUGGUCACUGCCUUAGGUCUGGGAUAUGCAAAUGUAGCUUCUUAUCAGAAAAAUAUAAACGAUCGCAAUACGGAACUGUAACAGGCCUUUUUAUCACACUGUACUUUUUUAAACAUUCAGGAGACAGAGUCGGGCAUAAAUAUCACAAAAUACAUGUAUGAACAUCGAUGUUUAUGUUUGAUUUCUUAAUAUUGUACACAUUUUUUUUGUCAUUAUAGUUACACAAGUAAUACAUGGAUAAUUAUGUGGUUCAAUGUCUGAUGCAUUAAAAAUAAAUAUUAAAAAGGACAUUGAACAUUAUCGGCCUGCUAAGAAUAGAAAGAAGCAAGUUUAACAUAUUUUCUGCGUAACAUGAGAGUAUACAUUCAUGUCUAAAUUCUGCCUGAUUUUCAAAACAAUGUAGGCCAUCACUAUUUUUGUAAGAAAAUGUAUUGUACAUGUCAUCUACAACUCAUUGUACUCGUACGUAACUAACAAUAACCAGCAAUUGUAAAGCUCUGAAUACGUUUAUUUUUCAGACUUGAAAUUAUGCUUGGUUCAAACAUCAAUAAUGUUAUUAAUGCCUAUAAAUGCAUACAUUUGAACUGAGAGUACUUUCUCAUUUCUGUUUUUCAAGUUAGUUAUAGUUCUUAAAUGAAGUUCAAUUGUUGGAAGGCUGCCAUUUAAAGCGCAACACUGCACUGAUUACAAUGUUCCUCUUUAACUGAUUUGUUAACUUUUUACUCUCCAAAAUCAGCACUUUUCUACUUUUAGCACCAAAAAGCCUUAUAGUUGCUGGUGCCAGGUGUUUUUCUGUCUUUAAGCUCAUUUUGUUAUCUGUGUAAUGAAUUACUAAAUUUCUCCUUUUUUUUUUCCUUAUGUUUAUUGUUUUGGGGAUUGUAUAAAUGAUUAAAUGAUGUUAUUGACCGAUAA